GGGGCCGAUCGCGCGGGGCGCUGGCCGCGCACCCGGCCCCUCACCGCCGCCAGUGCCGCCGCCUCCGUCCCAGCCGGCGCGGUGCCUCCCGGAGCCGCGCGCGCCCCCGCCGGGCGGGCCCGGGACGCCAAGAACGGCGCUGCAGCCAGGAGGAAGCACGGUGGAGGAGGAGGAGGCAUGAGACCUUAGCGCCCAGGCAGGCAGGCGGUCUAGGAUGGCGGCCCAGCGGAUCCGGGCAGCCAACUCCAGCGGCCUCCCCCGAUGCAAGUCGGAGGGAACCCUGAUCGACCUGAGCGAGGGGUUUUCAGAGACGAGCUUUAAUGAUGUCAAAGUGCCUUCUCCCAGUGCCUUGCUCACGGACAACCCCACACCUUUCGGCAAUGCCAAGGAGGUGAUCGCCAUCAAGGACUACUGCCCCACCAACUUCACCACCCUGAAGUUCUCCAAGGGUGACCAUCUGUAUGUGCUGGACGCCUCUGGCGGUGAGUGGUGGUACGCUCACAACACCACCGAGAUGGGCUACAUCCCCUCGUCCUACGUGCAGCCCUUGAACUACCGGAACUCCACCCUGAGCGACAGCGGCAUGAUCGACAAUCUUCCUGACAGUCCGGACGAGGUGGCCAAGGAGCUGGAUCUGCUUGGGGGAUGGACGGACGACCAGAAGGAAUCAGGCAAAGCCUACAGUAAUAACCCCUUCUGGAGCGGGGUCCAGACGAACCCGUUUCUGAAUGGGAACGUGCCAGUGGGGGCCGGCUUGGAUGAGCUGAACCCCAGAAGUACUGUGGAUCUGUUGCUUUUCGAUACUGGCACCUCCUCAUUCACAGAAUCCAGCUCAGCCACCACCAACAGCACCGGCAAUAUCUUUGAUGAACUCCCAGCCACAAACGGACUCCACGGGGAGCUGCCCGUCAGGCGGGACAACCCUUUCUUCAGAAGCAAGCGUUCCUACAGCCUGUCAGAGCUCUCCGUCCUGCAGGCCAAGUCAGACACUCCUGCCACAUCGAGUUUCUUUACAGGCUUGAAAUCACCUGCCCCUGAGCAAUUUCAGAGCCGGGAGGAUUUUCGAACUGCGUGGUUAAACCACCGGAAGUUGGCCCGGUCUUGCCACGACUUGGACCUGCUGGGCCAGAGCCCUGGGUGGGGCCAGACUCAGGCUGUGGAGACGAACAUCGUGUGCAAGCUGGACAGCUCUGGGGGCGCCGUGCAGCUGCCAGACACCAACAUCAGCAUCCACGUGCCCGAAGGCCAUGUGGCCCCCGGGGAGACGCAACAGAUCUCCAUGAAGGCCCUUCUGGAUCCCCCACUGGAGCUCAACAGUGACAAGUCCAGCAGCAUCAGCCCCGUGCUGGAGGUCAAGCUCAGCAACCUGGAGGUGAACACCUUCCUCAUCCUGGAGAUGAAGGUGUCUGCCGAGGUCAAAAGCGACGUCUUCAGCAGAAGCACCGUGGGCCUCCAGUGCCUGAGGAGCGAUGUGAAGGAGGGGCCCUACGUGCCCAUCCCCCUCAGCUACAGCUAUGGGGACACGGUCCAGGUGCAGCUGGACAGCUUAGAGCCCUGCAUGUACCUGGCUGUCGUGGCCCACGGCCCCAGUAUCAUCUACCCCUCCACCGUGUGGGACUUCAUCAAUAAGAAGGUCACCGUGGGCCUGUAUGGUCCCAAACACAUCCACCCGUCCUUUAAGACAGUGGUGACCAUCUUUGGGCACGACUGUGCUCCCAAGACCCUGCUGGUCAGUGAAGUCACCCGGCAGGCCCCCAGCCCUGCCCCCGUGGCGCUGCAGCUAUGGGGGAAACACCAGUUCAUCCUGGCCCGGCCCCAGGACCUCAAAGUCUGUAUGUUUUCCAACAUGACCAACUACGAGGUCAAGGCCAGCGAGCAGGCCAAAGUGGUGAGAGGCUUCCAGAUGAAGCUGGGCAAGGUGAGCCGCCUCAUCUUCCCCAUCGCCUCGCAGAACCCCAGUGAGCUGUCUGACUUCACAUUGAGGGUGCAGCUCAAAGACGAGCAGGAAGCCAUCCUGACCCAAUUCUGCGUGCAGACGCCGCAGCCGCCCCCCAAAAGUGCCAUCAAGCCAUCGGGGCAGAGGCGGUUUCUUAAAAAGAAUGAGGUGGGCAAGAUCAUCCUGUCCCCCUUCGCCACCACCACCACCAGGUACCCCACCUUUCAGGACCGCCCCGUGUCCAGCCUCAAGUUCGGCAAGCUGCUGAAGACGGUGGUACGGCAGAACAAGAACCAAUACCUGCUGGAGUACAAGAAGGGCGACGUGGUGGCCCUGCUCAGCGAGGAGCGGAUCCGGCUGCGGGGCCAGCUGUGGACCAAGGAGUGGUACAUCGGCUACUGCCAGGGCAAGGUGGGCCUGGUGCAUGCCAAGAAUGUGCUGGUGGUCGGCAAGGCCCGGCCCAACCUGUGCCCAGGGCCCGAGCUGAGCACAUCGGUGCUGCUGGAGCAGAUGCUGCGGCCCUGCAAGUUCCUCACCUACAUCUACGCCUCGGUGCGCACACUGCUCAUGGAGAACGUGAGCAGCUGGCGUGCCUUUGCCGACGCCCUGGGCUACGGCGGCCUGCCGCUCACCUCCUUCUGCCGGGCUGAGCUGGACAGCGAGCCCGAGCGGGUGGCGUCCGUCCUGGAGAAACUGAAGGAAGACUGCAACAACCCCGACCACAAGGACCGCAAGUCCUUCCAGAAGGAGCUGGUGAUGGCCUUGCUGAAGAUGGACUGUCAGGGCCUGGUGGUCAGGCUCAUCCAGGACUUCGUGCUGCUGACCACAGCCGUGGAGGUGGCGCAGCGCUGGAGGGAGCUGGCCGAGAAGCUGGCCAAGGUGUCCAAGCAGCAGAUGGAUGCAUACGAGUCCCCCCACCGUGACCGGAACGGGGUGGUGGACAGUGAGGCCAUGUGGAAACCCGCCUAUGACUUCUUACUCACCUGGAGCCACCAGGUUGGGGACAGCUACCGGGACGUCAUCCAGGAGCUGCAUCUGGGCUUGGACAGGAUGAAGAGCCCCAUCACCAAGCGCUGGAAGCACCUCACGGGCACGCUCAUCCUCGUCAACUCGCUGGAUGUCCUACGGGCAGCCGCCUUCAGCCCCAUGGACCACGAUGACUUUGUGAUCUGAGCAUGCGUCCGUCCCGCUGCACCCAGGACCCUGAGCCCUGGACCUGCACAAGCCCUGGCACCUGCGCUGGAUUGGUCGACACCGUGUACCCUGGCCACCCUGGGGCCCAGGACCCAGGUUGUUCCACAAUCCUGCCUGGGAGUUUCCUCUGCAGGUCAUUGCCAAUCAAUAGCUUUCUAUCUGUUGAAGUGUACAUUUAAAUUUCAGAUCAUUUUUAGAAAAAAAGAAAAAAGGAAAAAAAAAGGACUGGGGAGGGCCGAGUGAAAGGUGAUCUCUCAUUUUAUAAUGGACCAUGAAGGUUAAGGAAAAAACAAACUUAGUAGGCAGAUGCUGCUGAGUUUUUAUGUUGUUUAAAGACCUUUUAAAUUAUGUGACGGGUGUAUAUAAGUAUUUAAAGGCCGCAGGGCAUUGCUGGCUCUUGACCACACCAGACAGCAGAUGGCAUGGGCAGGUUGAUGCUCAGCGGCCGGGCACAGUCACGCGUGCCCUCCCCGAAGGUCCCUGGGCCCCCCUUAUUUUUCUCACCUUCCUCCCUUUGCCUCCUGCUGUUUCCCUGGCCAUCCACAGAACGCGGGAGCUGCGGUGAGAUUUUGUGGGCAGCUAAACCCCAGCGGCAACACUAGGCACUUUGCCCUGUGUCCACCUCCCAAUGAGACAGCGCCUGGGGCCAUUACCUGUGCGGAGAGGGGAGCGGGUCCUACAGCGCUAGGCUGCCGUGGGUGCCCUCCUUGGCUGGGAGGGCGUGCCCAGCCAUGUCCCCUACAAGGCAGAACAGAAGCCAACCUGCCUUUCUCUCACCCACACAGAGACUGUGACUGAGGUCAUGUGCCCUGAGCCAGGGCUCGUUCUCAGACUCUGCAUCCCAUCUCCUCCGGGUCCACCCAGGCCUCCUUGGCAAGGAGCCGUGGCAGGGAGACCGCUUAAGUCUUCUGCUAUCAAAAGUGUUGCCCAUGUUACAUCUGGAGCUCGGUUGCCUUGGUAACCUGUCCAGCAAGGGCUCACCUUGAAUCUGCUGUGGAUUCUGCAGUCGCACCAUGGUUGUGACAUCUGAGAAAGGCAGCCCGAGGCAGGACUGGUGACCAUUGGAUCGGCAGAGUGGGGCGACUCCAGUCAUGAGCAGGACAUGUGUUUGUCUGCAGGGGUGUGGGGGUCCCCAAAUCUGGAGUUCUUAAACUGCUCCUUCGCAGCAUGUUAAUGAGCUAGGCGGGUCUGUGUGUGUGUGUGUGUGUGUGUGUGUGUGUGUGUGUGUGUGUGUGUGUGUAUGAGCGAACCGUCGUUGGGCUGAAACAUUGCCCUGUAGCUGCCAAGUCAGACAUCGAAGACCAGACAACAACGAGCAAAACACUACACAUCCUAUGCUGCAAGAACCGAGUCCACGGUCCCCGUCAUUACACAGGACCCCCAACUCUGCUUCUCCUCAGUUCUGCCCAGAGAGCCACCCUCCCCCUUUCCCCAAAGAAGAAACCAGUUGCACCUUAAUUAAACCAUGGAUCUUUUUCCUCAGGGGCUUUGAAAUAGUUUCCUAUGCAACAUGUCUUGUAGCACAAAUUAAAUUCUACAAAAGUUGCAGUAAAUUUUAUCAGGCUAUUUUAA